UCGACGUGUUUUGUAACGGCGCAGACGUGAUAGGUGUCUGACAGAAGACAAGUUCGUGACACGUACGGAAUCGGCCGAACAGGUUCGUGACAGGUACGGAAUCGACCGAACACUCUCUUAAAGGAAGUGUCCACGUUAUACCACCCAAGCCUGUUUAAAACCAGCGUGACGUAGUCAUCACGUGGCGAUGUUAUCAAACCCGCCUUGGGAUACUUAAACAACCAGAAGCUUGAAACAAAACGAAACAAUAAGCAUUAUGAACCGCUACACAGCUCAACACUAACGUUUAAUUGUGUGACCACACAGUAAAGAAAACCCCCACAGAAAACCGCAGUGUUGUUUUGUGUCAAUCUUUCUGUCGCACACUGUAGGCCAGAAGCUUGAAACAAGUUAAACAAUUAUUAUGAUCAACUACACAGCUCAUCAAUAGCGUUUUCUUGUGUCACCAUACAGUAAAGAAAAACCCCCACAGGAAACCGCAUUUUUUUGGUGUGUCGAUUCUGCUGUCGCGCAGUGUACAUGUAGGCCAAUUCUGUUGUCGCGCACUAUACACGCCAAUUGUUGUGUCGCGUACUAUAAUUAUGCCACACUGACAUUAAAGCUUUGACGCUCAGAGAUUGUUUCCAGCCUGUCUUGUCGGUUCUCACCUGUGUCAACGCUGACGCUUUCGGAAAGGACGUUUCCCGGUGUGGAUGGAAUACAGACACACAUUCGCCAGCUGAGGGUGGUUACGAAAGUUUUAGUUGACAGUAGGGAUGUGUUGUCAGGGAAAUAGGAUAGCGUGAGUUCACGGAGAGAAAAUCUGUUGUCAAGAAAACAAGUCGGAGUUGGUAUAUCUGCGAGUGAAGAAGACACGCAGGAAUAUUUUAACGUGGUGACAUUGUCGAAGAAUUUGGAGAAUUGGAGAUACGAAAAGUAGACCAAAAAAAAUUAAAUUUUUUUAAGGAUACUGUUUUCCAAAUAAGUGAUUUCGGAUAUAUCCAAGGGCCAUUUUUUUUUAAUUCAGAAGAAUUGGAUAAGAAAAAGGGACUUCAAAAUUGAAGAUACUGUUAUUCCAAAGACUGCUUUAGGAAUAAUAUAAAAAAAAUACUUUUUUUAAUUUAUCGAAAACAUUUGCAAACAUAUAGUUUUUGGAAUGUGAAAAAGCAGACGUCGAAACUGAACAUACUAUUAUCUAAACAACUGUUUUCGGAAAAUAAUACAACAACGUUUCAUCUGUGGUGUAAUAACGUCUAAAUGAAUUAACGAGUGAUUAAAAUCCCAGAGUUACCAGUAAUAUCCUAGUCGGAAAUUAUAGGCCUACCUAGAAGAUGAGAGGAUCGCUUUAAUGUCCUCCUUGGACUAGAAAAACGCUCCACGUUUUAAAAUUUAUUUUGUUAGAUAGCUGAACGUGCAUCUGCUCAUUCAACCGAUCGAUUUGUCUGAUUAGUAACACUGACGAGGAGAUGUGUUUUUCACGUUGUCCAACACGACGGAACGCGAUAAUCAACAAAUGAAAUAUUAAUUCAUUUGACAUUCUCAGUUUGUAGAAGGAAAAACACAGAAAGAACAAGAUGACUAACUUGACAAACCAAUGUAUUUCACUAGCGCCUCCUGGCGACGACGACCUCUACCUCAGCACGAACAACGUCACGCACGGGACCGUCGUGUCGAUCGCGUGUAAGAAGUUCGGACACCGACUGGUUGGUCCUAGCCCGGUCAAGUGUCUGGAGACUGGUCAGUGGAACGACACCGCAGAAUCAGUCUGCAAAUGGACCUGGGAGUUGACGACGCACGAGAAAGUGGUGCUGGGCACGUCAAUAGCCGCCGGCGCCUUCAUCAUCGUCUGCAUCAUCACCAUCCUCAUCGCCUACUGCUGCUGUUUCAGAAAACGCAAAACAGAGGAACCCAAAGGAUUUGGUUCCGUGUACGCAGAAGACAGAGUUAAGUCCCCUAGCAACAAUUACGACCCCUACGGACCGCCGAUAGUGGAAGGCGGACCUGGAAUAUACCCGGAUGCUUAUUACGCUUAUCAAGAAUACCCUGACAAACAGUACCCCACGGACGUGUCCGAUAUCUCUGGUAUUGAUAGACCAUGGCUUGGCUACAUUCCACGACCGAAAGUAGCGGAAGGAAGAUACUAUCACUGACACUGGAACCGUUCACACACAGCCUAGAGGAGCAGCUAUCAAAAUAAAUAAAACAUUCAUCCAUAUUGUAUACAGUGUGAAGCUGG